AUGUCCUCUCCCGGUGACCUUGAGGGCUGGCCGCCCGCGGGGCUGGAGCGGGUCCUGGGAGACCUCCUGCAGCCCGACACCGGCCUCAUCCAGCGGGCCACAGUCCAGCUGCGUGAGGCCUUCCGGCACCCGGGUGCCUUGGCCCUGCUCUGCCACGUGCUGCGCAACUCCCCCAGCCCACAGGGGACCCUGGUGCUGGAAGCCCUGGAACAGGAGACUGAGCAUGCGGUGCUGGUGGCGCUGGCGCAGCUGGCCGCCCUGCUGUUGCACCGGGGAGGUGUGGCUGGCUGGCCCCAGGCCCUGAGCUUCAUCCAGCAGGGGGCGCUAGGCCCUGAGCCCCAGCGGGCGGAGGUGUCGCUACUGGUGCUGAGCUCAGCGCUGGAGGCAGCGCCCGAGGCCCUGGCCCCACACUGCCUGGCACUGCUGCGCCUCUGCCACCGUGUGCUGGCACAGCCCACACCCCCGUGCCCUCUUUUGGGCCCUGGGAACCUCACCCGAUCCCUAAUCCCCAAGAUCAUCUCAGCCGUCAAGCAGCUCAUCCCCGUUAAUGAGGCCCAGGCCAGUGAGGCGAUGGAGGUCUUCGACGAGCUGAUGGAGACUGAGGUUGCGAUUGUCGUUCCACACCUCUCGGAGGUUGUUGGCUUCUGCCUGGAGGUGGCAUCAGAUCAAGCGCUGGGGGAUGCUGUGCGGGUCAAGGCCCUGGGCACCAUCAGCUUCCUCAUUAAGCUGAAGGGCAAGGCACUGGUGCGGCAGCGACUGGUGCCGGUGGUGCUGGGGGCGCUGUUCCCAGUGCUGAGCGCGGCACCGCCUCCUGGGCGCAUGGACCCCGAGGAUGAGGACGAGGAUGCUGAGGACCCUGACGGGGGGCUGGGCCUGCAGACGCCCAAGCACGCUGCUGCUCAGGUGAUUGACAUGCUGGCCUUGCACCUGCCCCCCGAGAAGCUCUUCACGCACCUGAUGCCACUGGUGCAGGGGGCGCUGGGCAGCGCGGACCCGUACCAGCGCAAGGCCGCACUCAUGUGCCUCGCCGUGCUGGCUGAGGGCUGUGGUGACCACAUCCGCUCCCGGCACCUUCAGGAGCUGUUGGCUGUGCUGUGCCGGGCACUGGGUGACGCCAGCCCCGCAGUGCGGGGGGCUGCGCUCUUCGCUCUGGGCCAGUUCUCUGAGAACCUCCAGCCGGACAUCGCAGCCUUUGCGGGCGACGUGCUGCCGCUGCUGCAGACCCACCUGGGUACGGUGGAGCCAGGGCGCGGCCCCCACCUGGCCAAGGCCUACUACGCCCUGGAGAACUUCCUCGAGAGCCUCGGUACCGGCAUCGAGCCAUUCCUGCCAGGCCUGAUGGAGCACGUGCUGGGCACCCUGCGUGGCCACGGCCCGCCCCGCACCAAAGAGCUCGUCAUCAGCACCCUGGGGGCCAUCGCCUCAGCAGCACAGGGUGCCCUCCUGCCCUACUUCCCCGCCCUGCUGGACCAGCUGCGCCCCCUGCUGCUGCCUGCCCGCCCUGACCUGCGCCCCGUCCAGGUUCAGGCUGUUGAGACACUGGGGGCGCUGGUGCGGGCGCUGGGCCCGGCCGCCUUUGGGCCCCUGGCUGAGGAGACCUGCCAGCUGGCGCUGGGGCUGGCCCAGGCCCCCGAUGACCCCGACUUGCGGCGCUGCGCGUACAGUCUGCUGGGGGCACUGUCAGCUACACUGGGCGAGGGCCUGGCCCCCCACCUGCCCCAGGUUACCGCCCUGCUGCUGCGUGCCCUGCGCUCCACUGAGGGCCUUGUGGUGCCGGCCGGGGACCAGGGCUCCUUCCUGCUUUUCGAGGAGGAGGAGGAAGAGGAGGAGGAGGCUGAGGUGGAGGGUGAUGAAGGCCCCGAAGAUGAGGACGAGGAGGAGGACGAGGAGCUUGUGGGGCUGAACGUGAGCAGCGCCUAUGUGGAUGAGAAGGAGGAUGCCUGCGCUGCCCUGGGAGACAUCGCAGCCAAUGCCAGUGCCUCCUUCCUGCCCUACCUGGAUGCCUGCUUCCCUGAGGUCCUCGGGCUUCUGGAGUUUCCACACGUGAACGUGCGCAAGGCGGCCUGCGAGACCUUGGCCCAGGUGUGUGUCGCUCUGCAUCAGCUCUGCAAGGGACAGGCCCCCACCCCGCCCCGCACCGCGCGAGACCAGGUGCUGGCUGAGGCAGUGCCGGCGCUGGCCCGUGCCGCCCGGCAAGAGCGGGAGCGCAGCGGGGCCAUGGCAGCACUGGAGGCGCUGGGUACGGUGCUGCGCAGCUGCCAGCAGGAGGCGCUGCGGGACCCUGGGCAUUUGGCCAACAUCUGCCCGCUCAUCCGUCAUGGGCACUGCCAAGGGAAGCUCACAGCCUGGAGGGCAAUGGAAGCACUGUUAGAGGAAGCUCAGGGCCUGGGAAGUAGGGUGAUGGGGGCACUGCCAGUGGGGGAAGCUCACAGUCCUCUCCGCUCCCCCACACAGACAGCCUGCCAGGAGGCAGAUGAAGAUGAUGAUGACGACGAGGAGCAGGCCGAGUACGAUGCAAUGCUGGAGGAGUACGCGGGUGAGGUGAUCCCAGCCCUUGCUGUAGCCGCCGGGGGUGAUGCCUUUGCCCCCUACUUCGCUGGUUUCCUGCCCCUGCUGCUCAGCAAGCUGAAGCCGAGCAGUGGGGUGGCAGAGCGGUCACUGGGCACAGGGGUGCUGGCAGAGGCAUUGGGGGGUUUGGGGGGAGCAGCAGCACCCUUCCUGCCCCGCCUGGUGCCUGCCCUGCUGGCUGCUGCCCACGACGCCCACCCCGAGGUGCGCAGCAACGCUGCUUUUGCCCUGGGCAAGAUGGCCGAGGCCGCACCCAGCGCUGCCCUCCCGCUCUACGGGGCAGUGCUGGCAGCAUUGGGUGCACUGUGGGUGCGUGAAUCGGGCGGCCGUGUACGUGACAACGUCUGCGGGGCCCUGGCACGCCUGGUGCUUGCCCAACCCCAGGCUGUGCCCCUGGCCCAGGUGGUGCCGGUGCUGCUGGGGGCCCUGCCACUGUCCGAGGACCUAGAGGAGACGCCAACUGUGGUGCGCUGCCUCUGCGCCCUGCACCAGCACCAGCCACACGAGCUGGAGCCACACGUGGCUGAGGUGGUGCGGGCAAGUGGUGCUGUCCUGGGCUCCCAGCACCUACCACCAGAGGAGGGGCAGGGCCUGUGUGCGCUGCUGCAGGACUUGGCCACCCGUCAUCGCCCCGAGCUAGAGGCCGCGCUGCAGGCCCAGCCCCCUGAGGCCAUCGCCCGCCUGCGCCAGGCCCUUGCACCUGCCUGAGCUGCUGCCACUGCCCCACAGGUCACAGGACCGGUGUGGCUGCAACAGCCUCCUCCGCCUGUUGUCAUUGCUGCAGGCCCAAGGAGCCAGGGCAUGGGGCUCUGAUCUGCCUGUAACACCUGGUUUACUUGUUCCUCUUCCCCCUCCCCCUGCCCUUGGCAUUGGUCAUGGAGGACUUUGCUUACAGUCAGCACAGUCUGUCUGUGCCAAGGGGAGCCUGGUCCUGGGGUCCCAGACAUUGGGUGGGAGGGCGGGGGGCAGGGCUCGUUGCCUGUAGCUCCGUCCUUCCCUUUAGACGGUUGCUACCCCGCUAACCGACUGUAAAAAGGGGGCCUGCCUGUCUUGUCAAAGCCCUCCCCCUGGGGUAGUUCCCCACCAAGCAAUACCCCCCCUUCCCCCGUUGAUUGUUGGUUUGGAUGUUGCACUUGGCAAUAAAUUUGUUUGGCUGAGCCAUCUCUGAUUGUCUCCGGGGG